AGCACUCACCGGAGACAGUCAGUGGGGCGGCGGACAGACCGUGCUUAGAUACAGCAUGGGGGAAAGCUAAAAGAUCGGGACUGCGUCCUCCUGCCGGCUGCAGCCCUUACUUACCCUGUACACUCUGUUUUCAUCGGAUCACCCCCUAUGCACCCAGCGUUCCAUCAGAUCACCCUAUACAUUCAGCUUUCUAUCAGAUCACCCUAAACAUUCAGCUUUCUAUCAGAUCACCCUAUACAUUCAGCUUUCUAUCAGAUCACCCUAUACAUUCAGCUUUCCAUCAGAUCACCCUAUACAUUCAGCUUUCUAUCAGAUCACCCUAUACAUUCAGCUUUCUAUCAGAUCACCCUAAACAUUCAGCUUUCUAUCAGAUCACCCUAUACAUUCAGCUUUCCAUCAGAUCACCCUAUACAUUCAGCGUUCCAUCAGAUCACCCUAUACAUUCAGCUUUCUAUCAGAUCACCCUAAACAUUCAGCUUUCCAUCAGAUCACCCUAUACAUUCAGCUUUCCAUCAGAUCACCCUAUACAUUCAGCUUUCCAUCAGAUCACCCUAAACAUUCAGCUUUCCAUCAGAUCACCCUAUACAUUCAGCUUUCCACCAGAUCACCCUAUACAUUCAGAUUUCCAUUAGAUCACUCCCCUAUACAUUAAACUUUCCAUUAGAUCACUCCCCUAUACAUUAAACAUUCCAUUAGAUCACUCCCCUAUACAUUAAACGUUCCAUUAGAUCACUUCUACACAUAAAACGUGCCAUUAGAAUAUUUGUAUACAAUUAAUGAUGCGUUAAAUCACAACUAUACACCCAACCUUCUAUCAGAUCCCCCUAUACACCCAACCUUCCAUCAGAUCCCCCUAUACACCCAACCUUCCAUCAGAUCCCCCUAUACACCCAACCGUCCAUCAGAUCCCCCUAUACACCCAACCUUCCAUCAGAUCCCCUAUACACCCAACCGUCCAUCAGAUCCCCCUAUACACCCAACCUUCCUUCAGAUCCCCUAUACACCCAACCUUCCAUCAGAUCCCCUAUACACCCAACCAUCCAUCAGAUCCCCUAUACACCCAACCUUCCAUCAGAUCCCCCUAUACACCCAACCUUACAUCAGAUCCCCCUAUACACCCAACCUUCCAUCAGAUCCCCCUAUACACCCAACCUUCCAUCAGAUCCCCCUAUACACCCAACCUUCCUUCAGAUCCCCUAUACACCCAACCUUCCAUCAGAUCCCCUAUACACCCAACCAUCCAUCAGAUCCCCUAUACACCCAACCUUCCAUCAGAUCCCCCUAUACACCCAACCUUACAUCAGAUCCCCCUAUACACCCAACCUUCCAUCAGAUCCCCCUAUACACCCAACCUUCCAUCAGAUCCCCCUAUACACCCAACCUUCCAUCAGAUCCCCCUAUACACCAUCCUUCUAUGAGCCUUUUCUGCCCUGCUCUUCUUUUCUAAUCCCCCUAGUUACCCCUUUGCAUCGCUGCUCCUUGUGUAGCCUGUUCUUCAUCCAUUCACCCCCUUCUUUGGUGCACGGUGCCCUCCAGCAUAUGACCCUUCUCCACUCAGCUUGCCCUCCCUAUUGCCUUUCAUCUGGUUACCUCCCCAAUACAUAUUCAUUCUCUUUCCCUGCAGGCUCUACACCCUUAAGAAGAAAGGUGCACUUUUUCAUUCCUAUUCUCUUCAUUUUGUCUUUCUUGCCCCCCCGACCCCUCUAUACUGUCAUUUUGCAGUGCCAGUUCAGCCAUCCUGAGCCUCCUCUUCACCACUGCCUCUAUCAGGCUGGAUAUGUGAGGCCCUUCCCAGCCUUGGAAAGAUGAACUACCAGCAGCAGCUGGCCAACUCGGCGGCCAUUCGGUCCGAAAUCCAGCGAUUUGAAUCUGUGCACCCCAAUAUCUACUCAAUAUAUGAACUCUUGGAGCGACUGGAUGAACCUGCACUGCAGAACCAAAUCCGAGAGCAUGUUAUAGCCAUAGAAGAUGCCUUUGUAAAUAGUCAGGAAUGGACACUAAGCCGAGCUGUACCGGAGCUCAAAGUGGGCAUAGUGGGAAAUCUAGCAAGUGGGAAGUCAGCAUUGGUACAUCGGUACCUCACGGGUACUUAUGUCCAAGAGGAGUCUCCCGAAGAUAUGGAUGCAGGUGGAAGGUUCAAGAAGGAGAUUGUGGUGGAUGGCCAGAGCUACCUCCUACUGAUCCGGGAUGAGGGAGGACCCCCUGAAGCACAAUUUGCUAUGUGGGUGGAUGCUGUAAUCUUUGUCUUCAGCUUGGAGGAUGAGAUCAGUUUCCAGACUGUCUAUCACUACUACAGCCGCCUAGCCAACUACCGCAACACCAAUGAAAUCCCCAUGGUGCUUGUGGGGACUCAGGAUGCCAUCAGUUGCAGUAACCCCCGCGUAAUUGAUGAUUCCCGUGCACGAAAGCUUUCCAAUGACCUCAAGCGAUGCACUUAUUAUGAAACCUGCGCCACCUAUGGGCUAAAUGUGGAACGUGUCUUCCAAGAUGUUGCCCAGAAGAUUGUAGCGACCCGCAAGAAACAGCAACUCUCCAUUGGUCCCUGCAAAUCUCUACCUAACUCCCCCAGCCACACGUCUGUGUGCUCAGCACAAGUGUCAGCUGUACAUAUAAGCCAGACUAGUAAUGGAGGAGGCAGCCUCAGUGACUAUUCUUCAUCAGUCCCUUCCACUCCCAGCACUAGUCAAAAAGAGCUGCGAAUUGACGUACCCCCGACAGCCAGUACGCCUACUCCCGUGCGCAAACAGUCGAAACGGCGGUCUAACUUGUUCACAUCUCGAAAAGGGAGCGACCCAGACAAAGAUAAGAAAGGUCUAGAGAGCAGAGCAGACAGCAUCGGCAGCGGGCGAGCAAUACCAAUUAAACAGGGUAUGCUGCUGAAACGAAGUGGAAAAUCCCUAAAUAAAGAAUGGAAGAAAAAGUAUGUAACACUAUCUGACAAUGGAGUCCUCACCUAUCACCCCAGCUUACAUGAUUACAUGCAGAAUGUCCAUGGCAAGGAGAUUGAUCUCCUCAGGACUACAGUUAAGGUUCCAGGAAAGAGGCCUCCUAGAGCAACGUCAUCAUGUGCACCCAUCGCCAGUCCUAAAACGAAUGGCCUGACCAAAGAGGUCAGUGGGCUACAGAUCUCCCCUAAUACAGGAAAUGUUACAAGCAGCACAUCAGUUACCCAAAUGGCCAGUGGUCAGAGUGGCAUUAGCCUUGGCUCUUUCAGCCGUCUGGAUGGUAUGCACCAGCGAUCUUAUUCUGUGUCCAGUGCGGAUCAGUGGGGUGAAGGAGCUGUCCUCGCAAACUCUGCCAUCAGUAGUGACACUGGUCUGGGCGACUCUGUGUGUUCCAGUCCCAGCAUUUCUAGUACCACAAGCCCUAAACUGGAUCCACCUCCUUCCCCACAUGCAAAUCGGAAGAAACACCGCCGGAAGAAGAGUACUAGUAAUUUUAAGGCUGAUGGGCUCUCCAGCACGGCUGAAGCUAAACGCAAAGCAUGGAAACUAAACCGUGUUGGCAGCCUGCGAAAUGUUUACAGCAGCAACGCCAACACAGAAGAACAAGAGGAAAACUUUGAGUUCAUCAUUGUGUCUCUCACUGGCCAAAGUUGGCAUUUUGAAGCUACAAGUUAUGAAGAAAGGGAUGCCUGGGUACAGGCCAUAGAGAGCCAAAUUCUUGCCAGUCUACAGUCGUGUGAAAGUAGCAAGAAUAAGUCCCGUCUCACCAGCCAAAAUGAGGCUUUAGCUCUACAGUCGAUUCGCAACCUACCAGGAAACUCACAUUGUGUGGAUUGUGACGCACAAAAUCCAGACUGGGCCAGCCUGAACCUUGGCGCUCUGAUGUGCAUAGAAUGUUCGGGGAUUCAUCGCAACCUGGGGACUCAUCUUUCCCGCGUCCGAUCUUUGGACCUUGACGACUGGCCUCCUGAGUUAAUAAAAGUCAUGUCUGCCAUUGGAAAUGAGCUGGCAAACAGUGUGUGGGAAGGAAGCAGUCAAGGCCAAGUGAAGCCAUGUUCAGAGAGCCCCAGGGAGGAAAAGGAACGCUGGAUCCGUGCAAAAUACGAACAGAAACUUUUCUUAGCAGCUCUGCCCUGUCGAGAUUUACCCUUAGGGCAGCAGUUAUUGAGGGCUACAGCAGAAGAAGACUUGAGGACAGUAAUCCUACUUCUUGCACAUGGUUCCCGAGAAGAAGUAAAUGAAACCUGUGGAGAGGGGGACAGACGCACGGCUUUGCAUCUAGCUUGUCGCAAGGGAAAUGUGGUACUUGUUCAGCUGCUUAUAUGGUACGGCGUUGAUGUGAUGGCUCGGGACUUCCAUGGCAACACAGCGUUAGCAUACGCCAAGCAAGCUGUGACCCCAGAGGUGCGGGAUCUUCUUCUUCAAUAUGGCUGCCCUGAUGAACAGUUUGUGCUCAUGGCUACCCCAAACCUCUCCCGGAAAAACAAUCGCAACAACAACAGCAACACAGGAGGUGGAGGACUGAUGCCCACCUUAAUCUAAAAUGAUCAUGUAAAAAGGAGACAGACUCUAGCACCGCUCACCCCUCGCACCGCAGGGGGAGGAGCCAGGAAUGACAUGGGAGGCGUAAAAGCACUGAGUGCUGAACAAGGGGGAGAACAGACUGAGCCUUCACUAGCAUUUGGGAGGCAGGAAGAAUAAAAAAGGAGAGACGAGGAAGGGAGGCAGAGAGCUGUCAGUUAUGUGCACAUUUCACCUCUACCCCAGCAGAACACUUAGGCUCUGCUCUCAUCUGACAAGCACUGCUCCACAUAAAUCACACGCAGGCACUGAGUUUGUCAGGUUUGAGGCUCCAAUGAUGCUAUGUGUCAAAUCACUUGGAGCUAAUCUGUCCUCAGAGAAUGCUGGCUUCAUUACACUUGUAUAGUUGAGUUCCCUCAGCCUGUACCGCUGUUUAAUAGGACAUGAUUACUCAUCAUGUAGAAGGGAGCAUAUUAGCUGAGGAGGAAGCUCUCUCCACGCUCCGCUGAUUACAGGGAUGUGAUUGCAAUAUUCUUACAAGAAUCAUAUUAGGAGAGACAUUCUGGGCCCCAUCUUCAGACUCCUUGUCAUAAUCUUGCUGCGCUUUAAAGCGUCUAUUCCCUCUAAGUGUAACCCCCAAAAAUAUAGGAACAAGAAAAAAUUUGUAAAAGCUUUUGAAGGGUGCGUUUACAACAUCUGUUUUUUUUUUUCAUUUGACUUUAGAUAUAUUACGCCUUGUGAGAUAUUUUUUUUUCUUUUUGUAAAUCUGUUUUAUUUAAUUUUUUUUUAUUUACAGAAAUUAAUUAAUUUAAUGGAACAAUGUGCUGGCCACCUGAGGUGCCUCUGUAGCGUGGCACGGUUCCUAAAAUGCACACAUUGCACCCAUUCUCUCAGUACAUCUGGGUCACAUCGCCUGAGUUGAUUUGCAGACGGCAUAAAAACAGAAACAUCAUAAGUGAAGUGGUUACAUGGUUGAGUGCAUUUCUUUUUUUUUCCUUAAAGGCUUUACUUAAAUGGCACUAAUUAGAAGUAGUUACUGCACUAUGGAACAUGGAGCGCUGUGUAUGUAGAGCACACACUGGAGAAGACAUAGCCAGCAGUGUCAUGUUUGUGGAUAUGCUUUGCAGUCUGUCCUGGACCACUAAAGGUUAUUAUUGGAUUACAGUGUUGACAUGAUAUGUAAUAAGGAGUGACUGUUGCAUAAAAUCCGCAGAGGGGUAGUCCAUGGCUAAGGAUGAGGUCUGACCAUUGGAACAUCCAUCAAUAAGAAAGCUUUUUCUACCUUUUCACUUACACAGCAGCACUCCUGAACCGGCCUCAUUCAGGUACCUACACAGUGCUGGAUCGGGAGAGGGUGCCACUGCCUGCACUGCUACUUCUUUCUAGAACUAGAUUAUGAGCCAUGUAAAUUAUAAAGGAUGGUGAAAAGGGUCACUGGGGCAAAUAAUAGAGCUGAAGUCGUAGAAAUCGAAUGUGCCUCCUAGGGGUUAGGGUUAGGCCCUUGCAGUGAUCAGAAGCUUCAACUGUUAUACUCUUACCUGAUAAGAUAGUAUUCAGCAGCACUGCGCCUUAAAAUAUUCAUGUUGGCCUGAACAAUAUGAUUAUAUGAAGAUCUAUGUUAGACCCACUUUAUACAAUAUAUAGGAAGGCAGUAGAUGAAAUGAAGGAAUAACACUAGCUCAUCAACUUGCACACAAUAUCAUACACAUGUAAAUGGCUUGAACAGUAGUCAUAUGUGGUCAUUGUGGUGGGAGACUACUUCCAGCCUGAAAUGGUUGAUCAAAAAAGGAGCAACUAAUUUCAUUCAUCUACAACACAAAAGUAUAUGAGAGUGACACAUGUAGGGUCCCUUUAAAUGUGAAUGAUUAUUGAAGUGUCUAAUUUAUUAUCGUACCUCUGUGAGUGAUAUUAGGGUGGAAUAGUAAACCACACAUAUUUUACUGCAGAAAGCAAGUUUGCCAUGUGGCCAAUAACCACGUUGCAAAACCACAGCAGUUUACAGUAAAGUGCACACCAUUUUGCUGUGCAGUAAUUGGCCAUGCUAAGGCUAUGUUCACACGGGAGACUGUCCGCACGGAAUUGUGCUGUCUCAUAGAAGCCAAUGCAUUUCCGUGCAGACUCCACAGAAAGAAUAGACAUAUCUAUUCUUUCUGUGGACAUUGGAAUCAGGAUUUUGGCAGCAGAAACUGCUGAAAUUCCACCGUGUGCACAGCGCAGCAGAAUCCCAUUGAUAUCAAUGGGACUCUGCUGCUGCGGAAUUCCACAUGGAAAUUCCAUCUUGUGAACAUACCCUAACACUAUAUGUAACCCCUGUCCUAAAGUUAGUAUUUAAAAGUUAUUUUCCUAUCUAGGGUAUGUCCUGAAUAUUGUCCUUGGGGCAAGGAAGAAGAAAAAGCACUCAGCCAUCUAACAUUUUCAUCAGAAUGCUCCAGAUAUUUUGGUUACUGUCCAAGCUGUACCUGUUUUUUUGUUGCAGGUUGGUGUAAUUUCACAGGCAGAUAUGUUAUCUUAUGUGUAAAAACUAGUACAGACAAAAGUGAAGUGUUUCCCAUCGGAGCUAACCGUAUUUCAUCUGUUAUUUUGUUAUUAGCCAACUCUUUGGCUGCACUAGAAUAUAGUGGCCCUCUGUUACGUAGACAGCAGUACAUGGAGGUGGACUGUUUCCCAAUGGUGUUCAGUGACUUUAUCACUUCAUAUUCACACAAUACUAAAGGCAACUAAAGGGUAACUCUUAAAAAGCCAAGCAUACUAAACUUUUUUAAAUAGAUGGGACAUUACCUUCAGACCGAUUAAAUAUGUGGCCAGUCUGUAUUGGCAAAUAAAAUCACUAUACUAGUUUCAAGGUGUGUGCACCUAAGUUUUAAAGGGGUAUUCCAGGCAAAACCUUUUUUUAUAUAUAUAUAUCAACUGGCUCCGGAAAGUUAAACAGAUUUGUAAAUUACUUCUAUUAAAAAAUCUUAAUCCUUCCAAUAGUUAUUAGCUUCUGAAGUUUUCUGUCUAACUGCUCAAAGAUGAUGUCACGUCCCGAGAGCUGUGCAUGAUGGGAGAAUAUCCCCAUAGGAACUGCACAGCUCCUGGGACGUGAGUCAUCAGAGAGCAGUUAGACAGAAAACAACAACUCAACUUCAGAAGCUAAUAAUAUUGGAAGGAUUAAGAUUUUUUAAUAGA